GUUCAGUUGCUGCCUUCUCGCCAUCAUGAUCAUCAUCGCUUUGCCUCUCUUUUUCCUCUAAAAAGCCACUUUUUCUUGAGCUCCAGAACUGCAUUGAUCCCUUAAACCCCUUUUUCUUUCUUUAAUUACUCUCUACUUUUAAACCCACAUAUGAAUUUGUACUUCUCAAAAAGAAGCAAGUUUAUAUCUUAUUAUUGCCUUCUUCAAUUUACUGUGCAAGCUUCCUUUUUCCAUCAUCUAAUUAUAAUCAACAACAGUAAACAGAUAGCUUAACUUGGAAAUUUUCCUCUCGAAAAACAAUCAUGAUGAAAAGCUGAAUCCCUGAAAAAGAAAUCAAAAAGGGUUAAUGGGAAUUCAUUCUAAAUAUAAAAGUUGGGUGCAGGCAGUGGAUAUUUCACAAGAUGAUUGGGCCUCUAAUGGGGUGGCGUAGUGAGGUUAUGGUCCUACAGAGUAAAAGCUGAACCAGCAUACCACAUGUUUGAAGUUAUCGAAGUAGGUGGGACUCGGGAGUGUUCAUCAUCAUCAUCAUCAUUUAAUAUAUAAGAGAGAAAUAUUGAGGUUCACAGAUUUGUUUAAAGAUCUUCUCUUCUAUAUAAUUAUAAGCUUUUCCUUCGACAAUAUAUGCAAGCGUCGCUGUUACGUGAUGCGAUCACAACAACAACAACAUCAAACCAAGAUAGAGGGCUGCCCAAGUACUUGAACUUUGGACAUGUAAUUAGCGGUGGAAAAAGUGGAUACGACAAGCUUUAUGGAAAAAAAGGUGUCGGCCCAAAUAGCUUCUUCUUCUUCACCUUGUGUCCAUGACCCAAAGGUUUGAGCUUGCUUUAUGCAAUAUAAACAUUUCUAGUUUUCUGCCCUCUACAAGCUUUGAAGGAGGGCCAAGCCCAAACCUUUUCUGAAUGUUGAGGCUCAAAAUUGCUUAGCCCAAUAGCUCGUUGCGUUUGAAUUAGAAGACGGAAGCGAGACUCGGAUGUCUGCAUAAAUGGAAAAUUAACAUUCUUCCCAUUUUGAUAAUUUCCGAGCAUACGACUCGACUCUCGGCGCGCGCAGAAAGUCAUGCACGAUAUAUGAUCAUGGCGGUGCUAGUUUCGACUCCUACAAGCACAAGUGUAUCUCUUUACCGACGAUCAUCUUCUUCGAUCUCAUACCAUAUAACCACUAGAUUUGGUAUCUCGAUGCUGACUCUUCAGCUGGGUGUCCGUCCUUUCCCUCGAUGGAGUGGUCUACAGCAUCUAGGUAUCUCUAUCACUCCAAAAUCUCCGAAGAAUGCGAGGAAGAGCAGGUAUAAAGGUAAAGUGGUUCAGGCAUCUUUUUUUGGGGUUGGAGCCCCUGAGGCUUUGGUUAUUGGGGCAGUGGCUUUACUGGUUUUUGGUCCGAAAGAGCUGGCUGAGGUUGCACGCAAUCUAGGGAAAACUCUGCGUGCAUUUCAACCAACCAUUAGAGAACUCCAGGAAGUAUCGAGGGAAUUCAAGAGCAGCCUUGAACGAGAGAUUAGCCUUGAUGACAUUUCAAGUCAAACACAGAACACAUACAGCUCCCACAGAGCAAACACUGCCUCACCCCCUUCACAGUUUGGCAGCCAGGAAAAUUCUCCAAUUGCAGCUGACACCAAUGGUGCUCUAUCUCAAACCAGAGCAUAUACCAGUGAGGAUUGCUUGAAAAUCUCAGAAGAGCAGCUAAAAGCAUCUGCUGCACAACAGCCAGGGCAGACACCAUCCCGUCCAGGAGAAAUCCAGGUUGAAGCUCAAUAUCCAGCUACUGUUAAAGAAACUGCUGGUACCAUGCCUCUGUCACAGAAGCCAGAAAAUGAAGUCUAAGACCUCUCAAGAAAGGUAGUGUUAUGAACUGCACCGGUUAUCACUUCAAAAGCCUGAAACGAGUGAGCUGAGACGAAAACCUCAAAAAAGAGGUUCUUCAUUGGUGACUUCGUCCACCAACUCCUUGCCAGAGACUUUCAAAUUACCAAAUGUUGAACAUUGUCUUCUCAUAUCACUGCCUUCCGGUCUUCAUCAUCCCCUGAUCGAUCACCUUUCACAGCUGAGCU